AUUAGAAUAAAUAACUAAAAAAAAAGAAUGGUUAAUUUAAAAAAAAAAUAUUUUUACCUGUAAUUGCAAAUUAUAUUUUUCGUUUUAUCCUACAUUUAUACUUUUAGUUGUCGAUAACACUAUAAUCGGUUAUUGAAGUCAUUAAAUGGUCUUUCGAGCACUUUCGUGUGGCCGGAGGAACAUUAAAAAAAAAAAUGUAUUCAUUUAUUAAAACCAGACCAUUUCAAUCGUACAAAUGUACAACGUUCGCUGUAGCCAUUUUGGUAGCUUAUGAAAUUUUAGCCUUAUAGGCAAAGCGUAAUAUUGCGAUAACUAUAAUAAUGCAAUAAAAACGUGAGCUGGAACAGAUCUUAUUUUGGGAUCUCGGCGCGCGUAAUAUCACGGCGCCUUGCAUUACACGCGACUUUAAGGCCCAACGCACACUAAAGUAGUGAGACGGUGGCUUUUUUACUGCCCGCUACUUGCAGUGAAAAACAUUUGUGCUACCCAUGUAUUCCUAUGUGAGUGCCCACACCUAUGCAGUGUGGUGUAAGUGGUGCAGCGGUGGCACGCUACCGUGUGGCGGUCGUUGGUGGCUUAUUCGUUGCAGUUGUGUGAAAUAAAAACUGGAUUUUUGCUUAUUUGACGGAAAAACGGAAAAGAAAGCAGAGAGGUUGGACGAAGGAAUGGAAUGCCGUAUCCUUCUUACGUCUAUUUUUGUGCAUGUCACAUUUCAUUUUCCAAAAAUUAUUACUACACGCCUAAUUUAUGUAUAAUAUGUUUUAAAUUUUUAUCUGUGGUCUUUCUACGUGUGAUGUUUGUCAAACUGCAAACACUGCCAUAGACGAUCAAACCGCUUGUCAAGCGCUAGUGUUUGCGCAACAUAUUUCGGUCUCGACCGAUUUCAUUCAAACCGUUGUGUAACUACUCAAUCCGUACUAUACACCAUCAAAAUGUUUGCACAAACACAGUAGUUGCACAAAUGGUUUGAUCAUGGCUUUAGAAGCACUAAAAUCUUCGUCAGAACUUGACAUAGUUAAAAUUUUUAAUUAAAAUAAAUUAUUUGCAAAUUUGGGUUCAACAAAAGUUCAAAAUAUACAAAUAUAUAAUAUCGUGUUUUAUUAUAAUAUUUAGGUUAAAUGCCUAUUUAUAGUGUUAUCUAUGUUAUUUCUGUUAUGUUAUGUCAUCUCGGUGUUAUCUAUGCUCCGCUUCCUCGCCACACUACCACCAUGCAACAUUGGCGUGUGCCCGGCCUUAAACGUCGUGGGUUUGGAAACCAAAGAUUCUAAAAAUAACUACGAGAAAACGGUUUUUGUUGUGUCCAUUCCGAUGUUUAACAUAAACAGAAGACUUCUACUAAUGAAAUUAUGUUUUUUUAUUUUUGAUUUUGGAAGUGCGCCGAUUGUUCCUUUCAUACCGACAGUGCUCACACAGCGCGGCGUGUCUUUGGUCGUUGUUGGUUCUAUACUAACAUUUGUACCCGUUCUUAACAUUGUGAUAAGGCCGCUUGUCGGAUACGUCACCGAUCGAUGGCAUUGCUGCAGAAGUGUGUUUUUGUGUGCCAGCCUGAUCAACGCAAUCGUCACGCCCACCUUACAUUUUAUCCCAGAUUUUCUGACGGACCAACAGAAGGCGGAAGAAGUUAAUGUUCUGGAAUCAUGGAAGUUUUGGGUUUUUUUACUAGUCAUUACUGUAAAUCGCAUCAUGUGGAUGAUAGGCGACGUUUUACAGGACACCAUUUGUGUAAAUAUCUUAGGCAAAGAAAGCUCUAAGUAUAGCGUCCAACGGAUAUUCGGAACUAUAGGAUGGGGCAUAAGCUCCGUUUUGGCCGGUUGGUGUGUAGACUGGUACAGCCAAGGUGAAAUAGAAAAAAACCAUUUGCCUGUGUACCUGAUAAUUUCAGCCACGAUGAUUAUACACGUGUUGGCCGCAUCGCAAUUAGAAAUCAAGACUGUCGACAAAGGAAAUACAAACAAAGGCGCGGUCCGUAAAGUUUUAUCUGACUUUAAAACAGUUUCCUUCCUCGUCUGGGUUACUUUUGCUGGAAUUUUUACAGCAUACACUUGGUAUUAUAUAUUUAUAUACAUAGAAGACUUGGCAAAUAUUUUCCAUCCGGAGCGUCUACCUUGGAUUAAAACAAUCGAGGGGCUUUCAUUUACGGUACAGUGUUGCCUGGGCGAAAUGCCUAUUUUCCUUUUCUUUGGUAUUAUAUUGAAAAGAACUGGUCACAUGGUGGCGUUUUCAAUAUCGUUUGCAAUGUUUGCUUUGCGGUUUUACCUGUACUCGAUUGUCGAAGAUCCACUAUGGAUACUACCGAUAGAAUUGCUCACCGGUGUAUCGUUUGCAAUGGCUUUCUUGUCUGGUAUAUCAUACGCAGCUAAAUUAGCACCUCCCGGUAGCGAAGGAACUAUGCAAGGUUUAUUUGGCAUGGCCUUUCAAGGACUGGGUGUAUCGUCUGGUGGUUUUAUAGCAGGCUAUACGUUCAAAACUUUGGGCAGUUCCUACUCGUAUAGAUUUAUAAGUUAUGUUGCGUUUGUUGUAUUUAUUGUGCAAGUGCUCAUCAGCCAACUUCUUCAAAGACGAAAAAACAAAAGCUCUAAACGAAUGUCGGAUAAAUGUGGAUCCAUCCAUGAAAUGGAAAAUUUACAAAAUAAUGAGUGUUAACACAUUCAUUGUUAAGUAAAUGCAUAUUUAUAUAAGUUAUUAAGUUUCUAGAGAAAUUAAUUUUUGAUAAUUCAAAUGAGCAUUUGACGUUAAACUGAAAAAAAUGGUUACUAAAUUGUAACAGUAAGGUGAUCUGACGAUUGAUUUGCAUUUUUUUCAUAAAUCAACAAUUGCGAUGAAUAGUGAAUACUUUAGUGGUCGAAAUUUAAUAAGGAUGGUCCUUAUUAUUAUUACGUCCAAAAGAAACCGGGAAACUAGUAAUAAAAUAUGAAUAUUGAAUUUUAGAAGAAAUAAAUGUAUAAAAUAUAUUUAUAUGUGUUUAAAUGUUUCUUUUUUGUUCAUGACAGUACAAAACAAUCAUUAUAACACAAUCAAUUUUAAACAUAUUACUGAAAAUGAACUAUUAUCCAACAAUUAAUUUUUUAGUAAUAAUAUAUUAUUACAAGCCGGUUUACUUUCAUUAUUGU